UCACAAGUUACCACAGGAAGUUCAUUAGAGUGUGAGCUGCUAAACCGUAACAGCAAUGAGAGACGCAAGAAAUGACGUAGCCAAAAUAAUUUUAAAUAAAUCAUACAAGAACGACAUGGAAUACGCAACAGGUUAGACACGUUAUCAAUUAAAAUCAAUUGGUAUACUAUAUGCCCGUACACUUGUGAAGUAUCGAACCAUCAAAAAAUGUCACGAAUUAUCUUAAUAAUAAUCUGCUGUUUACUGAUAAGCUCAGAUAUAGUAUCAAUUGGCCUUUGCAUUGUUCUCGACGAAGAGAACUUCCAAUGACGACUGUCUUUGAUAAGAAGUGUCAGUUUCUGUAUAGUAUCAUUGACUAAAUAUACAAUUGUUUUUGUGGAUGACAAUAACAUGAAAUGUUGUCUAGAUAAAAUGACAACCGAUUGUCGAGAUAUUGAUCCGCAGGAUCAUAUGAUUAUGAAGGAAAAUGUAAAUAUAGGACGUUUUCUUACAAUGAUCUAUUCUGCUACUACAUUUGGCAACACCUUCUUUUAUAUUUUUAUUAUGCCAAAUUUUACAGAAACUAUUGUUGAUGAUCGCAACGUCACUCUAAGAUCUUUGCCAUAUCCUAGUGAUUAUUACUUAUUUGAUGUACAAUUUACUUCUGCUUUUGAAAUCAUUUACUUUAUACAAAGUCUAGUUGCUUAUAUUACUUGUACUAUCAGAUCUGGAACUUGUAGCUUGGCUGCUAACUUUGUUACUCAUGCUUGCGGACAAUGUGAGAUGAUUGUGACUCACAUUAAUGAUCUGGUUGAUGGAUACAGAGAAGAAUUGAAUACUCUUGAUAACAGAAUGAGAGAUAUUGUACAGCAUCACUCGCGCCUGAUAAGAAUUUUCUGGAACUUUGCAGGAUUUUUUGGAGCAUUCUAUGAAAUUCUAUCGAAUUUUCUGGAACUUUCUAGACAGCGAAGAAAUUAAUCAAAUGAGAAGCGAGAUGUACGUUUAGCUUCACAAUGGGAAAGACGCUUUAUGAAAAAACAGAAUUUUCUCAAUAUCCUGAAACGAUAUCCGUUCCAAAACAUAAACUUGUUCGAUGGGGGAUGGUGUACUAUCACACCAUAUAACCCUCAUGGGGCUCCAGGGGUUGGUCGUGGAGAUGAAGC